AUGUAUGUUGUCAUGGCUUGGCAUGUUAUCCCAAGCUCCCACGUUCGACUACAAUUCCCUUCCGCAGAUCGAAGCGUUCAUGUUGGAUGGAAACCUGUUACAACGCUUGGAUUUGCUUACUGUGCUUUGGCCGAUCUCGUUUAUGGCAAUCCCACGCGACCCAGUGUUUACACCAACCCCGACAACUUCAAUCCCGAGAGAUGGCUCAGCAGCAAAGGCAAAUUUUGGGACAACAUGAAGUUCCCUUCAUAUGGCUUUGGACACAGGAGCUCGCCUGAUAUUGGACCGAGUAGAACCUUGCUAGAAAACAACCUGCAGAAUCUCCCCCGGGCGUUGUUCAAGACCAGUCAGGACCCAGAGAACCGGAUUGAUGAGAUGAGCUUCGUGGAUAACGUGAUUUUACACCCCAAACCGUUCAAUGCGCGCUUUCAGCCGCGGUUUGGGGAUGAGGCAUUAUUGAGGGACGUGAUGGCUCAGUAUGGGAAGGGGUUGUAG